AUGAAGGAGGUGCUUAAAAUGGAUUCUCGAUUUUGGCCCGCAUGGCAGGAACUGGUGCAGUUAAUCGAUACUGUAGAUGAAAUUGCUGCAUGCAAGGCGCUAUGCACGAAAAGUCCGGACACGUCAUGGAUGCCCGAUUGGUUUGAGAGUUUAGCAUUGUCGAGAUUUCAUAUGGACGCUGAAGCUCUGAAAAAAGCUGAAUUGCUAGUCGCUCGUGGACUACCAGGAAUACCGAUGAUCUUAACACAAGUCGCUGCCUGUUCGAAUCAUCUCCAUGGUGGGUCCACUAUUUGGUGA